AUGUCCUGCUGGCGCUCCUGCUGCGGCAACUUCUGGAACAGCAGCAGCAGCAGCAGCUCAUCAGAGCUGAAUAGCCACCGAACGGUGGUCUCCAAGGCAUCUACUCCCUCUACGCAAUCUUGGGAAGAGGAGCCAGUCGAGGUGGAGGCUGCCGAACAACCCGAGGAGCAACCCAACUUCCAGCCCCAUAGCGAAGCCAAUGCAGAUCUGCUUGCCAAGAAGUGGAUUACACAUGUUCAAAAGCGAGCAGCCAAGGUCUGGGAGAGAGACCAGGUUCUCACUCUUCUUCGAACAGUAGCGCUGAGCGUAAGCUUUACAGACGAUCCCAUUUUGGGGGACCCGUCUCCCAACGCUCCCUGUGUGCUGUGGCAUGGCGACACUUCUGUAGAGCAGGGCCUUCCCGUUAUUCAGGUGCAGAAGACUGGCCAGGAUAAGACUGUCCCUAGCUACGUGUGCAAACUAUUGUCCUUUCUUUUUGCUGACGAUGAAUCCCUCAAGAUGCUCAAGCAGAUGGCGGCAGGGCAAGUGAGCAUGAACUGCGGGAAUUCGCAGUGUGUUCGUUUGUCUCACUUUGUGGGAUACACACCUAAGUGGGCGGCAAAGUACCAGCCUCCUGCCAAGGCCAAGGCGCAAGCCAAAGCCAAAGGGAAGGCCCCACCCAAGAAAGGGUAA